UUUUGAAGAGGAGUGAAGGGCAGGGCUGAGUUCGCAGACUUCCGGGUGUCCGAAGACAGCGGCGGCGGCGGCGGAGCUGAGAUCAGGGCGGAUUCACCGAGUCUGUACAAACAUGGACAGUCAAGGCAGGAAAGUGGUGGUCUGUGACAACGGGACCGGGUUUGUGAAGUGUGGAUAUGCCGGCUCUAAUUUCCCGGAGCACAUUUUCCCGGCUCUGGUGGGAAGACCGAUCAUCCGCUCCACAGCCAAAGUGGGAAACAUCGAGAUCAAGGACCUGAUGGUGGGUGACGAGGCGAGCGAGCUGCGCUCCAUGCUGGAGGUGAACUACCCGAUGGAGAACGGGAUCGUGAGGAACUGGGACGAUAUGAAGCACCUGUGGGACUACACUUUCGGCCCCGAGAAGCUCAACAUCGACUCCCAGAACUGCAAGAUCCUGCUCACAGAGCCGCCCAUGAACCCCACCAAGAACCGAGAGAAGAUCAUCGAGGUGAUGUUUGAGACCUAUCAGUUCUCAGGCGUUUAUAUCGCCAUCCAGGCCGUGCUCACUCUUUACGCUCAAGGUCUGCUGACGGGUGUGGUGGUGGACUCUGGUGACGGUGUCACUCAUAUCUGUCCAGUGUACGAAGGCUUCUCUCUUCCUCAUCUCACACGUCGUCUGGACAUCGCUGGACGAGACAUCACACGCUACCUCAUCAAGCUGUUGUUGCUGAGGGGUUAUGCCUUCAACCACUCAGCGGACUUCGAGACGGUGAGGAUGAUGAAGGAGAAGCUGUGUUACGUGGGUUAUAACAUCGAGCAGGAGCAGAAGCUUGCGCUGGAGACCACCGUGCUGGUGGAGUCCUACACGCUUCCGGACGGCCGAGUGAUUAAAGUGGGCGGCGAGCGGUUCGAGGCUCCGGAGGCUCUGUUCCAGCCCCACCUCAUUAACGUGGAGGGAGUGGGUGUGGCUGAACUGCUCUUCAACACCAUCCAGGCCGCAGACAUCGACACCAGGGCUGAGUUUUACAAACACAUAGUUUUGUCGGGCGGCUCUACGAUGUAUCCGGGUCUGCCGUCUCGUCUGGAGCGCGAGCUCAAGCAGCUCUACCUGGAGAGAGUCCUGAAGGGAGACGUCGACAAGCUCUCGAAGUUUAAGAUCCGCAUCGAGGAUCCUCCACGUCGUAAACACAUGGUGUUUUUGGGCGGAGCGGUGCUAGCCGACAUCAUGAAGGACAAAGACAACUUCUGGAUGACCAGAGAAGAGUACCAGGAGAAGGGCACACGGGUUCUGGAGAAACUGGGGGUCACUGUUAGAUAAAUCACACACACACACACACACACUCACACACACACACACAACACUGCAUUCACACUCCCAGUCAGGGUGGCAUCUUGGCAGCGUAUACAGCACAGAGGUUUCAGCAGAUUAUGAGGAUGAGAAAAAUGAUAUUCAAAUACUUGAAAUUCCCUUGCAAUCCAAAAAAGUGCUCUGUUUGUACAACAUUCCAAAUGUAAAGAUUCAUAUGACCUCUGCACAGCACGAGACAAAAAUUGAAUGAAAUCGAGUGAUUUGCUAGUUUAUGCUGCCAAAAUGAAUCCUCUAACCAUCCUUCAUGUGUAUCACCAUAUCAUGUCCUGUCUGUCUCAUGAGUUCACAUUGACCCUAACGAAGAGAAACACCGCUCAAAAGAGAGCAAGAAACAGGAGGAUGUUGUGUACGUAGAGGGACAAAACAAUAAAAAGAUGUAUUUUUAAGAAAAAUAAAGUUUCUUUGGUAAUAAAAUUAAUUUUAUUGUAUGGAUAAAAAUCUCUGCAUCCAGUUUGCUAAUAAAAAAAUGAAGAAUGUAAUUGUGGCCAAGAGUAUCAAACACACAGACGUAUUUCUGAAGGCAGAUUGCUAUUGCUGAAACGUCUGUUUUCUGUCUCUUCCUGUCUGUAAUCUCAGCAUCCGUGCACUUCAUUAUUGGAUGCCCCACGAAAAUAGAGAGAGAGAGAGAAAUGCAGUAGCAUCUGGAACCAGCUUCCCCCAAUAGUAUUUAACAGAACAUUUGAAGAGCGUGUUUUUAUCCAACAAUGUCACCGAGGAGGCUUUGAAUGCACUCUUGAUGAGCAGAGUGUCAUUUUCAUCGUUUGAAUUGGCAUUUGGAAGUCUUUAGAUAUAGACUCAGUUCCAGGAUCAGUUUAAAGGACCUUCAUCAGUAUCAUACUGUAUUUAAAAGGGAGUGAUAAUGUUCUGCUGCAUGCUUGGUGUACAGUUGUGUCUAGAACCUCAUCUCCACAAAUAGCUGGGUGAAUCUUCAAAAUCAAAAGAAAGAAAUAAUAAGUUAUAGUUUCCUUGAAGGAUUUUGUCACGUUAUUUUUAAUGACAUUAAUCACCAUUUUUCCUCAAAUACUCAUUACAGUAAUGCAGAAAAAUCCCUUAUUUUUUAUUUCCGUAAUGCAAAAAAAAUAACUUUUUUAAAUGAUUGAAAUGCGUGCUAUUUUGGUUUAGUAUUAUUGAAUACUUUUAUUUCAUUUUUUAUACUAUGUUUAAUACUGAUUUAAAUGUAAAAAAAAAAAAAAAAAAAACGUAAUUCACUUAGUAAGAAUCUAUUAAUGGAAUUACAACAUGUCCAGUGUGUUACUGUACUGAGAUUUGGCAGAUGAAUGUGUGUAAUUGUCAAGAAAAUAAUAGGAAAAUCAAAUGUAAUUUCUGAUUGCUUUUGUUUUUGAUUUGGGGAUUUUAGUGAAACACACACACAUACAUUGGCUAUAAAACCGUGCGAGCAGCUGCAGCAGUGCAUUUUCACACACAUGUGCAUCAUCCAUCCAUGCGGCUUCAUUCCAUUGCAAUAACCCUGAAUCCUUUUCAUCAGCUCAUUUAUUUAGUGUUCUAACGAGUCUGAAUCAUGUUUCGCUGCCUGAACUAUUUCUUUAUGGUUUUGCAUUCGUGCUUUUUUCUUUGCUGUUGGUUGUCGGUCAUUUUCAUGUCCUAGAGGAGUUGGAUCUAAUAGUCUGGGAACGCUGACGCCCGAUGGGUGUUUCUGGGUCAGGCGCUUCAUUCCCAGACUUAAGGCACCCGUGAUGACGCGGUUUACUGCCUGUUUGUAAUAUGAAUUACAUAAUGAUGGUAUUGUUGAUGAUGAUGAUUUUAGUGUUUGUAAUCGUGACAGCCGUCUGGAAGCUGGAUCAGUGAUGUUUCUGUGUUUGUACACACUCGCACAUGGAUCAAACUAAACGACGACUCCAUUGAUGUCACUCUCACACAUUCUUCCAGUGCCAAGUUUGGGUAUUGUAGUCAUUUUGUUUGACUGUUUUCUGCUUUUGGAUUUUGUUUAAUUUGUAGCAUACUGCCAGACCGCUGAUUUAAAUAAAAAAAUUUGAUUUAUUA